UUGUAAUACUUAACUUCUUCCUCAUUGCAAGUGUUUGUGCUAUUUACUCCCUAAUAGUGAGCUCUACAGUCAGUAAACUGUCUACAAGCGCUUGUAAUGGUGACGAGGAACAAUCGUGCGGCCGAGAAAACGCAUUAUCUGGUGGAAAAAAGUUGUUUAUAGCUUACUCUGGUCAACUUUUCACGAGGAUUGUGUUUGGCGUUCUCUUCAUGGUCCUACAAACUCAAUUUCUGUAUCCGACGGACUUUCCCUCUCGCUUUCGUUGUGAUCCAAACUCUGCAGGAGAUCAGCCAAGGAAUUCUACUGGCGUCAUGCAAAACUCCACACCAAUUUUACACGAUUGUCAUAAUCAACGAGCAACUAAAAAAAACUCCUGGAUGAAGGCUAUUCUGGUGGUGAACGGAAUUUUUGUCUUUGUCGUUCUGAUGGAAGCCGUGUAUAUUUUAAUACGAACGUGCAAAAAUCAUGGUUUCAUGAAAAAUUCCAAGUUUCUAAGAACUCACCUACUACCUCUGGUAGAGGAAAGUACACACCAUGCAACAAACAUCCCACUCAUUCCAAAGGAGCCUGAACAACCCCGAACAACAUCACUGCUCCAAGAAUUCAUCGAAAAUACAAAGGAAAAAAUUAAAAAAGACACAUGUCGACCUCCACAACUCCGAGCGCCUUUUUCAAGUCCUCCCGGCGAAGGACAGCCAGUUAAACAUUUAGCUCUAGAUCAGAUUUACACAAACCUUGUCGUUAUUCCGAACAGGGCUAGAUACGACUUUACUGGAGACAGACGGGAGAAAUUGGAAGUCUACACCAAAUCAGCUGAGAAAAACACAGCACCUAGUGGGCCGGAAGACAUUCUUAACCACAAAAACAAAAAAGUUUUGAUUGUUGGUCGUCGCCGAAUCGGAAAGACACUUUACUGUACCAAAGUUCUGAGAGACUGGGCAUUAAACAAAGCAUUCAAUAAGACACCUGAUGCUAAAAUCCAUUUUGAUGUUGCUUUCUUCAUCAAAUUUAGAGCUGUCAACGCGGUUAACAAAGUUACACUCAGGGAGCUGCUCACCUCGUCAGAACAUUCCCUAUCAGAUCACAUGGAUGAAGAAGUCUGGAAUUACAUCUGUGACAACCCCGAAAGAGUUCUCCUUAUUUUCGAUGGAAUCGAUGAAUUUAAGCAUAACUCAAAGAUCGGCGAUGAAAACUUCGAACCUAAAUUCAGCGACCGCGUGGACGAAAAGAUGCCCGUUCAUGCACUCUAUGAGAAGCUUGCGUCUGGGAAACUUCUCAACGGAGCUGCCGUUUUGACGACUACAAGACCUACGGCUCUACCAUGCAUCGAAAAGAUUCCUUUUGACAAAGUCUACGAGAUCCUCGGUUUCUCAUCCACACAAGUCGAAGAUUAUGUAACCAAAUUUGGUGAAGACAAGGAUGUGGGAAAAACAGUAUGGCGACACAUCGGCGGUAACAUGAACAUCCUCUCUCUAUGCUACAUUCCUGCGAGUUGCUUCAUCAUUUGCUCAACUCUCUUUCAUAUGCUGAGCUUUAAAGGAAUUAAAACUCUUAGCCUACCAAAGAAACUAACAGAUAUUUACAAGAAAGCAGUGAAAAUUAUUUAUCUGAGGCAUAACGAAGACUUCCGCGGCAAGAAUUUCACUAGCGAAGACUUAGAAUCGGACGAUUUGCCCCGAGAAGUUGAAGAGAAAUUUAAAAACCUGGAAAAGAUGGCUUUUGAAGGAAUUAAAGAAGGAAGACUAAUGUUUGGAGGAAACGAAGUACAAGGAAUGGAAGGCAGCGCCCUCUUUCACCGCCUACCCGACUGCCGAACUGACGAGUCAAACCGCGAAAAACAAUUCUGUUUUAUUCAUUUAACAAUGCAAGAGUUUUUCGCUGCCAGGCACCUGGCGAAUAUGAGUGAAACAGAAUUGAAGAGCUUUGUUUCCAUGAACAUAGAGGAUGGCAAAUGGGAACUGGUUUUCCAGUUUCUAGCAGGACUAAUGAACGAUAAAGAAAACCUACCGAGCGAAAUUAUCACAGACCUUCUUCCUGUGGAAACUGAAGAGAAAGAAAGCGGGCACUACAACGAAGAGUGGACUGGGAAAGUCACCUGCUGGCCGACUAAUGAUAAAAAACAUUUUGCAGUGACAUUAUUGAAGUGUUGUAGUGAAAACAGUGAGAUGAAAACAAAAGUUCAAAGAAAACUUCAACAAACUAACUUUGAUUUUGUAAAAUUUAAUUCUUGUCAACUGACAGCUGCUUUAAUAGAUACUGUAAUUGAGAAUCAAGGUAAAAAAAUUUCACAUUUAGAUUUGAGUGGCAAUAACAUUGGCCCUUCGGGCUGUUUAGAGAUUUGUAAAUUGUUAAAAUGUAGGAAUUCUCAACUCAGCUGGUUAAACCUCACAGACAAUCAAUUGACAGAUGAAGAAGCAAAGUAUUUAGCUGACGCCAUCAGAGACAAGAACUGUCAGCUACGCUGGUUAUACCUCUGGGAGAAUAACAUCACAGACAAAGGAGCACAGCACUUGGCUGAAGCCAUCAGCAACGAAAACUGUCAGCUACGCACGUUAUUCCUCAAUGACAAUAACAUCAGAGACAAAGGAGCACAGCACUUGGCUGAAGCCAUCAGCAACGAAAACUGUCAGCUACACAGGUUAAACCUCAAACGCAAUAACAUCACAGAAGCAGGUGAACAACACCUAGAGAUUUUACUUAGCAAGAGUCAGUCUGACUGUUACCUUGGUAUAUAGCAUGGCUAAUUUCACAAAUAAUCGAUAAAACUAAAAGGAAAUUAUAUUACCUAAUUACAAUUUAAAAAUGUGAGGUAACCAGCACAGUAUCAUUUGAAACCCAACAACUUAACAUAUGAAUGAGAGAAAAACUAUGUUUGUGAAGAAGCUAGAGCAGCGAGAUUAUUUGAACCAGAUCGAAAUGAAAAAAAAAAAUGAACCAAUAAACAUGUUUAUCGACAGCAAAGGAUGUCGCACCAAUGGCAAUGAAGUAAAAACACAAAGCUUACUGCUGAGAAAACAAACAAAUCUCUGACCUCUCAGGAAACUUGCCCAUUUUAUGAUUGGCUAGUUUCGAUCCUAAUUUACUCCAAGCUUCUGUAUGUUUUAAUCAGCUUGUGUCUGUUACAAGGUAUAGUUUUCUGUUGAGUUUAGUAAGUUCUUGUGGAGAUUAUAAGCAUCAAUGAUUAUCAGAGUAAUCCGGGUCAAGUAGUCGUUUACUUACUGCAGAUGAAAUCGUAGCAAAAUUGUAAAUUUAAAAAUUCGGCUUUUCAAAGAGAAAAGACCUUCCAAUGGUAGGUUAGAGAGUUACUCUAUUUCAUAUUAAUAAGUCGCACAAGUUUUUUGAGGUUUCUGCAGUCGUUGUAAAUAUUAGGUUAUGUCUACACUAUACCGAACUGCUUUUCGUGUCGACAUGAAAACCACUGCCGCAUAGUAUGAACAGAAACGGCCCAGAAUUGAAACAAGUCGUUCACAUGGGCUAACGGAUUGCACCGAAGCAAAUAAAUAUUACAAUAAAUAUCCCAGACCCAGCUCAUGUAAAUACUAGCGUUCUUUUGUACAUAAUUAGGGCUUGCCUGCCAUUACCAUGAUAAAAUGUGUGGCACAGGACUGAUUAAUGAAGAUGCUGCUUUGGUAGUGUAGGAACUGUGAUGAUCACUCUCAUCUUCAGUAAUUAAUUUGCAUAUCAUAUCUGAUACUCCUAUAUUUACACUUGAUCAAGACUUUAUAACAGUUGAGAUUUACCUGGCUAGUAUUUGUAGAUAGGGCCAGAGUUCCUAAGGUUAUCAAAUAAAUAUCGAAUAAAUCAUGUAA